AUGGGAUGUGACGUAUUUCCGGUGUCAUGUCAGCCUCCUGCUAAAGCCGCGUGACACACUUCUCUAAAGAUGGCGGACGUUGUCCAAGAAAAGGGCCACGGCUUGAGGUUUGCUGAGCAGCAGCUGAAGCGUCACGGGUGGAAACAUGGCAAAGGACUGGGUCGGAAUGAGAAUGGCAUAUCUGAAGCCAUCAAGGUCAAAGUGAAAUCUAACAAAAGCGGGGUGGGCCACAAGGAAGGAGAGCAGUUCACCUUCCACUGGUGGGAUCACGUCUUUAAUAAGGCCUCGUCCAGCCUGGAGGUGGAGUCCCAUCAGGAUGGGAUUUCGCUAAAGAAGAUGGCUGAGGACGGCGAAGAAGGCAUAAUUUCUAACAAGAAGCCCAGAAAGGCCUCGCUGGCUAAAGCCAAACUCUAUGGAUGCUUUGUCAAGUCGGCCACUCUGCUGUCUGGUCAGGAGCAUCCAGAGCCAACAGUCGACAGCAGCAGCAGCAGUAGCAUCAGCAGCUCGGACCAGGAGAAAGAUCUCGAACUGGAUCUAUCCUCCACCACCAAUCUGUCUGAUUGUGACCUCAUGAAGGCUUGUGGAGGACGCACUGCCCACAAAGGAGCCAGGCAUGGCUUGAACAUGAGCGCUAAGCUAGCCCGGCUGGAGCAGCAGGAGGCUGACUUCAUGGCCAAGUACGGAAAGAAGAACCUUGUCAGGCGGGAAGACGACGAGCUAAAAAUAAAGAAGAUAUCCAAGGAGAAGACUGAAGAACUAAACGAUGCUCUUUCGGAACCUUCUGACGUCAAGCUCAAAAAGAAGAAAAAGAAAAGGAGCAACGAGAAGAAGGAGGAGGUGAGAUGCGUAGAAAACGGUGACGCAGCCCACAAGAGGAAGCAGAAGAAGAAAAAGGCAGAGUUUAAAAGUCCAGAGCUUGACACCACUCCGUUUCUGGAGAAGAAGAAAAAGAAGAAAGAGCAGCAAGUUGCAGUAGAAGAGCAGAGUAACCACGGAGAAUCAGAGCUACUCGUUUCCGAACAUCAAGUCAAGAAGAAAAGGAAAAAGGACUCAAACAUCAGCGAGGAAGCACAACCACAUCCUCCACCAAAGAAGAAGAAGAAAAAGUCCAAAGACUAACUUUUGUUCUUCUAUAGUGACUGAAGCCUAUCUGCCAAUAAAUGCAUAACUGACUUGUUUGAUGGGCGUUUAAGUCCGUCCGAUCAUCUUCAGCCUCGUUUUGAAUGAGAAAUGGACCGUAAAGUGACACACUCAGUGUGAUAUGAGUAAACCAAAUAGUUAAAUAUCAAUUACAUAUGAAAUCAUUAUUUACCUUGCAGAUGAUAAUGUAAUUAGCAUGUCACUGGAAGCUUACCGACUAACAACAUGACAAAUUGUGCUGAAAUUCUGUUGAACCCCAUUUUGAAUUUAUUGCCUAUGAAUUUUUUUUAAUGACUGAAAAUAAAUUAAUACAUUUUUAAAAUGUGCUUCCAUUAGUAUA